GACAGUCGAAUUUGAUUAGCGCUCGCUCAAUGUGUAUUCCGGUUUUUGCUGAAUUUUUACAGCAUAGGCAGAAAGAUUUAAUAGUUUUUCUAUUGCAAAUCUACAAUGACUAUUCUUACUUUUAGAUUUGAGGGAUUAAUGAGUAUUUGGAAAUUUUCGACAUAUUUAUCGAUUCGGAGAAGAUGCUGUGACAGGUCAUGGACCAAACUCAUCUGCCAACUUUAAUUGUCAUCUUAAUUUUAAUGCUUAUGAAACGCGUUGAACAGUUAAAACUUUCUGAACCCUUGCAACGUCAAUGCGACGAUCUUCUUAGAAAAUGCCAUGGAGAUUUAUAUUUACAAGCUCACGAUUUUUAUCGUAUAGAAGAUUUAAUGGACCCACCUGAACCCAUUUCUAAGGAUUAUGCAGACAAAGCUUGCAUCAUAUUACGAACAGUUUCAAACUGUAUCGAAAGCCAAAUAAAGAAGACUCCAUCUCUUUCCGCUUGCCGCUCGACAACAAGCUAUGUUUGGAACACUGGCCUCUUUAAGAGGAAAAUGCAGAAUUAUUCCUGUUCCGCUAGCGGUAAAUUAUUUGAUCCAUCUGUGCUCCCUACGGAGCCGAGCAUGAUGGAAUAUUGUGCUUUGGAAGAUUCUCAUACUCCUAGAUUGCUUUGCUCAUUAACGUCCGCCUCUCAUUUAAAAACGUAUAAAGGUCAAAUGAACCAUUGUCUAACGGAAGGCUCUUCAGUACUUGUUGAUAACGAGUAUCUACAUGUGGUCACUACGGCUGAAAAACUAGUGUCAAGAGAAAAUUAUCAUCCGGUGCUCGUUCUAAAGAAGGUCGGUUUAUCAAAACGAUUGGCGUUCUUAUCGCUAACAGCUGUUCUCGCGUACCGCGGCAGAGCCAUUACGGUCGUAUUUAAGAGUCAUCCAAAGGACGAAUGCUCACCGGAAGAAAACUAUUUAUCUUAUACGGCCUCUUCAGAUGAACAAUUACCAGUUGUUCUCAGCAACGGCCUUACUCAUGGAGGCGGAAAAGAAUCUCGUUCAAUUCGUCUCUUAAGACCGUCCAAAAAUGAAACAGAAAUAUACGUUCGUUAUAUGAACAGUACGAUAGUUAUUCGCCAUUCUUCGCUCACUCUCUCUAUCUCAAUAGCCAUUCCCCAACUAUUUACAGUUGGUCAAGACUCAUUUCAAUUAUGUAGUGACGGUUGCGAAAGAGACGCCACCGAAGACGUUCAGCGCUUUUUAGCUAAGAAUCACAAAACAAGCUACGCCGAAAAUAUUUGCAGAAAAUCAACUGUAGAUCAGUAUUUUGACUGUUGCGUGUUUGACGCCUUAGUUUUCGGAAAUCAUAUGGCUACUCCUUUUUCUAUAUUUGCUCAGCGUGAUGCCGUUCGGUUACAAAUUGAAAAAGGAUUCCUAACUGCCCUAAAUCGAACUGAUUUCACUAGCUAUAAAAUAGCUUAUUCAAGAGCGAGUGAAAGAAAUUUACCGUUUACUUCUCUCAUAUUAUUUUCUUUCAUUUUCAUUCUUCUUAAAAGUAUUUGUUGA